AUGCCUACCAUGAUUGCUAAAGGCGAAGGCCCUGUGCCAACCCAACAAGAGGUGUCCGCUAUUCUCGACGCUAUCUUUACGGCACCCUCCUCCGAUGCCUCCAUCGCUUCCGCAUACACUCUUUGCGAUCUCCUACUGAAUUCCGUCGGCUUUCGGGGAUUGUCAGAAUAUGGCAUCUUGACAGAGAUCAAGAAGGCCGCAGCCGAUAAGAAGAGCGGCUUGAAAAGGGAGAGCGCUCAAAACUUGCUUGGAGCACUUUUCGAGCGUUUUCCUCCUCAACAAAAAAUCAGCGAAGUUGUCCUCCUCUUGCAAGAUGGGGGCAUGGUUGCUUGCGCUCUCGACGCACUCGCGGAUAAAGGCGCAGUCGUUCGAGAUGCAGCCCAGUACGGGCUCGACGAGCUUUUCAAAGGACUGAGCUCCGAAGCACUCGUCGUCGGUCUCCUUCCUGUGCUCACCACUUACCUUGCAAAGCGCUCCGGAAAAUGGCAAGGCACAGUCGGUGGACUCAAGAUGUUGCAGAAAAUGGCAGAUCAGGCGAAGAUGGAAAUCGAUGAUACCAAAGAAGUCGCCAACAACAAGGAUCUUCUCCGCGAGGCAAUGGGCAUCAAGUUGGCUGGCCUCAUCCCAGUUGUCGAAGCCGGGAUGCACGAUUUGAAGUCUGAUGUCGAAAAGCAAGCCGUUAUCACGAUGAACUCGAUGACAGCCCUUCUUUCAAACGAUGAUGUCGCACCGCGAAUUCCGCUCCUCAUCAAGACGAUGCAAAAUCCAUCUACCGAUACUCUACAAAAGGCAAUCCACGCACUUUCUCAAACUACUUUCGUGUCAAUUGUCACCUCGCCUGUACUUGCCCUCCUCACUCCUCUCCUUGAGCGAUCACUCAAUACCCCUACCACAGCCCAGGAGGUUCUCCGUCAAACGGUUGUUGUAGUUGAGAACUUGACAAAACUGGUGCACGAUCCUAUUGAGGCUCGUACCUUCUUGCCAAAGUUGAAGCCUGGUGUCAAGGGUGUUCAGGAUCGUGCUUCUUUGCCCGAAGUUAGAAACUUAGCCAAACGUGCGCUAGAUGUCAUUCACAAGGCUAUGGGCGAAGAUGAUGGAGUUCUCGCAGAUGGCGCAAUUGCAAGAACCUCCGCAGAUGACGUUGCAAAGAUCUUAGACGCUCAAAUCAAAAAAGCUGGAGGACUCAGUGAGGAUGCGGAUGUGUUUAAGCUUGCCAAACCUUAUAUCUGCAGCAUGGUCGCUGAGGACGUCAACCACCGUCAAAUUCAACGAAUCUCCACCGUCGUCACCCCGUAUCUAAAGCAUAUCAUGAAGGAAUUCAACGGAGCAGAAGCUGCUGGCGAUGGGCUUCAGCAGUUUUAUGUUGAUGAAGAUCACCGUAAAUACGGCCAGCCUGUUAAGGAGGAUGAUGGAGAAAUUGAGAUUGUCAACGCCGACUUCUCUCUUGGUUACGGAGGAAUGCUUUUACUUUCCCACACCAAUCUUCGUCUUCUCAAGGGGCACAGAUAUGGUCUUUGUGGCAGAAACGGUGCUGGAAAAUCCACCCUUAUGCGCUCUAUCGCCAAAGGCCAAUUACAGGGUUUCCCAAGCCAAGACGUACUUAGAACCUGUUUCGUUGAACAUAACCAAGGAGAAGCUGCCGAUAUCAGUAUUUUGGAAUUUGUUUCUAGGGAUCCCGAGAUUGGAGAUCAAGGCCAAAAAAGAAUCAUUGAGGUUCUGUCCGAGGUCGGGUUUACUUCAGGUCCUGGAGGUCGUCAAUCUGAGAAAGUCGGUUCUCUCUCCGGUGGGUGGAAAAUGAAGUUGGCUUUGGCUCGUGCAAUGUUGAUGAAGGCUGAUGUUCUUCUUCUUGAUGAACCUACCAAUCAUUUGGAUGUUGCCAACAUUGCCUGGUUGGAGCAUUAUCUCAAGACACACACCGAUAUUACCAGUUUGAUCGUUUCUCACGACUCAAGUUUCUUGGAUAAUGUUUGCACUGAUAUCUACCACUAUGAGCCUGGAAAGAAGCUUGCCUGUUACAAAGGAAACUUGGCCGAGUUCGUUAAGCAAAAGCCGGAGGCUAAGAGUUACUACACACUUUCUGAUUCGCAGGUUCAGUUCAAAUUUCCUCCCCCAGGAAUCUUGACUGGUGUCAAGUCGCAGACUCGUGCUAUCUUGAGAAUGAACGACUGCUCUUACACAUACCCUGGAUCAAACAAGCCUUCUCUACAUAAUGUCACCUGCCAAUUGACCCUGUCUUCUCGAACUGCCAUUAUUGGUGGCAACGGAGCCGGGAAAUCGACCCUUAUAAAGCUUCUGACUGGUGAAACCAUUCCUACAAGCGGUACCGUUGAGAAGCAUCCCAACCUUCGUAUUGGAUACAUCAAGCAGCAUGCCCUUGAGCACGUUGAGAUGCAUCUCGAGAAAACACCAAAUCAGUAUCUUCAGUGGCGUUACGCGAACGGUGACGAUAGAGAAGUUUAUAUGAAGCAAACCCGUAUUCUUUCAAAAGAGGAUCAGGAACAGAUGGAUAAAAUGAUCAACAUCGGAGACGGAACUGGCGAAAAACGGAUUGAAGCCAUUAUGGGUCGCCAGAAAUGGAAGAAGACCUUCCAAUAUGAGGUCAAGUGGGUUGGUAUGCUACCCAAGUACAACACACAAAUCUCUCGCGAGAGCUUGAUCAAGUGGGGAUUCAACAAGCUGGUCCAGGAGUUUGAUGAUCACGAGGCUUCUCGUGAAGGGUUGGGUUUCCGUGAGCUUUCUCCUAAGGUUAUCUCGAAGCAUUUCGAGGAUCUAGGACUUGACCCUGAAAUUGCAGACCACAACGAGAUCUCAGGCCUUUCUGGAGGACAAAAGGUAAAGGUUGUGUUAGCUGGUGCUAUGUGGAACAAUCCUCAUCUCCUCGUUCUUGACGAACCUACCAAUUUCUUGGAUCGUGAUUCUCUAGGUGGUCUCGCGGUUGCUAUUCGUGAUUACAAGGGAGGAGUUGUCAUGAUUUCUCACAACGAAGAGUUCGUCGGCGCUCUCUGCCCUGAACAAUGGCACGUCGCCGAUGGUCGUGUCACCCACAAGGGUCAUCUUGCGGUAUCUGCUGAUCGCUUCGAAGACAGCAAGCCCAACAGUGGCUUCAACAGCAGCGUUCAAAGUAGAACUGGUAGCAAGGCCACUAGUCGAGCUAGCAGUGUUCAAAGCAGUGCAGUCAACAGCGCCGUUAACAGUGGUGCUGAAGAUAAUCAAGAUAUGUCUUUCAGAGCACGAAAGAAGAAGAAGAAGACGAAGAAGGAGUUGAAAGAUCAGGAGGUUAGAAGACGAUUGAGACACAUUGAGUGGCUCAACUCUCCAAAGGGCACUCCAAAAUACCCCGAUACUGAUGAUGAUGCGUAA